GCCAUGAAGAUCAUCUCUGCUGUCGCCGCCUCCUCAAUUGCGCUUGGAGCCGUCUCUGCCACUACUGACCAUGUCAGCCGAAUGCUGGUUCUUGGUGGAGCAGUUGUUCCCAGCGGCACGAAGACGUACACGACCGGAAUCCGCCCUACCAUUGAUGGCGACAAUUUUUGCGGAGGAUCGCUGAUCUCCCCAACGCAUGUUCUUACGACGACGGCGUGUCUUCGUGGUAUCAAGCCGCCGAAUUGGGUGUCUGUGGGCACACACUACCUCAACGGAACGCACGAUGGGGAGCAGAUCAAAGUGGUGGCGGCCCAAAACCACACAAACUUCAACAGCACCAGCGGCUCUUUCGAUGUUGCUUUGCUGACGCUGGAGAAGCCAAGCAGGUUCAAGCCUGUGAAGCUCCCAGCUGCUGAUGACUCCGAUAUCGUUGCGGGUAUGUGGUCCAAACUCGUCGGAUGGGGCUACACAGGUUACCCCGAGAAAACCAAAGCGUACGAGCUGCAGGGCGUCAGCUUGCAGGUCUGGGACAACGAACAAUGCGGACAACUCUAUCCUGUGGACGACACGAUGGUUUGUGCUGGGGGAGUCAAAGGAAAAGACUCUUGCGACGGCGAUACGGGUGGUCCAUUGAUCAAGGAGCGUGGCCCUGGAGAUGAAGAUGAUAUUGUGGUCGGCUUGGUGAGCUGGGGAUCCGAAUGUGGUGUGGGGUACCCCGGAGUGUAUUCACGUGUGUCCAAGGCCUUGGAAUGGAUCAAUUCCAUCACCAAGGGAAAGUGAAAGUCGAGGUGACCAAAGCAUUGAGACAAAUUUCAAAAGCUCUCAGUGAGAACUUCUCA